CUAGUUGAGGGCCAAGACUAUAAAACUCCUCAUCAUCGCACCUCGCCUUGCCCUCUUUUUUUUUUCUUCUUCACCCAUAGGUCUCUCAUUCAUCCUCCCUCUCCCUCUCCUUUCCCGCUUUCCCUGUUUCUCCUUCUUUCCAGCAGUCGCCAUGGUCAGGCUCAACGAUCCCAUGACCCAGGUCAUCAUCCUGGGUUUCAUCUGUUUCUGCUGCCCUGGAAUGUUCAACUCCCUCCAGGGUACCGGUCAGUACGGCCUUUCCUCCAAGGACUCUGAUGUCGGUAACCGCGCCGGUACCGCUCUUUCCCUCGUGUUCGCUUUCUCCUCCCUCUUCGCUGGCGCUCUCUUCAACAUUCUCGGUCACCGUGUUCUUCUCAUUCUCGGAGGCUUGACUUAUGUCCUCUAUGUUGGAUCAUACCUUGCCUACUUCUACAUCCAAUCCAUCGUCUUUGUCGUCAUUGCCUCCUGCUUGCUUGGUAUUGGUGCUGGUUGGUUGUGGACUGCCCAGGGUGCCGUCAUGAUGGGUUACCCACCAGAGAACGAGAAGGGCAAGUACUUCUCCAUCUUCUGGGGUAUCUUCAACACUGGUGCCGUCAUCGGUAACGUUAUCCCCCUCGGUAUUCAGUGGAACGACGAAACAGCCGGCGGUGCCAACACUGCCUCGUACGCUGGCUACAUGAUCGUCAUGACCAUCGGUGCUCUCAUCUCUGUCUUCUUGCUGCCCACCUCCAAGGUCAUCCGCAGGGAUGGUUCCCACGUCGUCAAGAUCAAGUACUCGAGCCCCAUCUCCGAGCUCAAGUCUGUCUUUGCCCUUUUCAAGGACUGGCGCAUGUUGGCUCUCAUCCCCAUGUUCUUCACCUCCAACUGGUUCUACACCUACCAAUUCACCGCUGUUAACGGCUCUAACUUCACGACCCGCUCCCGUAACAUGAACUCGAUGUCGUACUGGGCCGCCCAGAUUAUCGCCUCGAUCCUCUACGGAAAGUUCUUGGAUCGCGCUCAGUGGACCCGUCCCACCCGUGCUCGCUAUGGUCUCAUUCUCUUGACCAUUGUGUUGCUCGCCACCUGGAUCGGAGGCAUCAUCUUCCAGACCACCUUCGGACCCCGCAAUCCCAUCCAGGAGGAUGGCGUGUGGGUCAAGAACCCCGCUGACUUCCACAUGAUUGAUCUUGUUCACAACACUGGCGAGUACAUUGGACCAUACUUCUUGUACUUCUUCUAUGGUGUUACUGAUGCCAUGUACCAGGGUUACUCUUACUGGUUGAUGGGUGCCCUCACCAACGACACCAACCAGGCUGCUCGCUUCGCCGGUUUCUACAAGUUCAUCCAGAACUUGGGAGGUGUCUUGGCUCCCGUUGUCCAGACCUCGGUCAUCGGUAACGCCCCCUCGAAGGGCUACAAUGCUGAGCACCCCAAGACCGCUGGUAUGGGCGAGCUCAUCAUCUGCGUUGUCCUCGUCUUUGUCGGUGUCCUCGGUGCCUUCCCCGUCGCCUUCAAGGCCGUCCAGGAGCACACCAUUGAGGAUGAUGAUGAGGCCGCUGAUGAGAAGCAUGAAGCCACCUUCGAGGAGGUCAAGGGAUAAAAAGUUUUUCUAUUUUUUAUACCAAUAUGUUUUUGUCAUUUACCCUAAUUACUCUAGUCGCUUGGAGCUGCUUAUUGCAAAGAAUAAAGCGUUACCAAAGUAUACCUCCACAGAACUAAGGAUGAGUAUGAGAGCGAGGUCAAUAAGAGUGACAAAAGGGAGCUGUAUAUUUCUUUUUGCCAAAU